AUGUCGUCGACCUCGCCCUCAAAGGAACCGGAGGUAGACCCCGAGGUGCAAUCGGGCGAAGAACAGGAGCAUAUGGACAAAGAUUCGCACGACCACGCGAUCGCACAGGGCGAGUUCGAGGUGAAAGAGCAAGAUCGGUGGCUUCCGAUUGCAAAUGUCGCUCGCAUCAUGAAGCUCGCCCUACCUGAAAACGCAAAGAUCGCAAAGGAAGCCAAAGAGUGCAUGCAAGAAUGCGUGAGCGAGUUCAUCUCAUUCAUCACUAGUGAGGCCUCGGAAAAGUGCCAGCAAGAGAAACGAAAGACGGUCAACGGCGAGGAUAUUCUGUUUGCCAUGACUUCGCUUGGAUUCGAGAACUACGCCGAGGCCCUCAAGAUCUACCUCUCCAAGUAUCGCGAGACUCAAUCUGCCCGCGGCGAGAACCAGAGACCCCCCCAGCAGCGGUUACGGUGGACCCAUCCCCGCAUCAUGAACCCUAGCCUGGACCCCUCGCAGCAAGACCCUUCAGCAUACGGGUAUGCACCCAUGGUUGGUGAACCACACAACGGUGCCGGCGCCGACGCGUACUAA